GCACGUAACGUCGUGAAUGGGCACGUUCGUACGCAAUCUCACAAGGUGCCAUACUGUUGAUCCAUUUCUUUUGGUCGAUGGCCUGAUGGCAGCGUCUUGGUGACAUUGCGCAUGCCAGAAUCAAGUUUGAGUGUCGGCGAGUGAAGCAGGGAGCGAUGGCGAUGACUCCAACAGCAGCUCCACUGCCGGCUGCCGGCUCCGCCGCCCCAUCGACCCCAUCAAUAACCGAGAAGCUCGCGGCGUUGAGGUCGAGGCUCGAGCACGCGGGAGAGCAGGGCUCUGCCUCCUCACGAUCACAUCAAGCAUUCACUGUGCAGGAUGAUGUUUUGCACAAGAGCCCGGUCAAAAAGCAGGCGCAGAUGUCUUCCAUGACAGCUGGCGAUCGGCGAACCCGCUCAGCCCUGGGAGAAGUGACAAAUGCAACUACCAGCAGCAUCGGACACACAGUCCAACGAGCAGCCCUUUCCACCUUGCAUAAGAGCUUCUCGAAAGACCAGGGAGGUCUUCCCUUGGGAAAACGACCAAGGGCACCGAGGUCACCUUUCAUUGCACGCAUUUUGCAGCAGCAGGAACCAGCGUUGGACUCGUCCACCAGUCCGAAUCCGAGAGCAAAGAAGACUGGUCGAGUGGAGGAGCAUUCUCAGGGCUGCGGCUCGAAAUAUGAACGAUUUGCGUCAAAUCAAAUCGCAAGCUCGCUCGUUGAAUCAUCGCAAACAUCGUCCAAUCCCGGGAAGAGGCAAGCUCGCAAGUUCAAGUCUGUAGACGCUGCCUGGAAGCUUAGCCAGUUUGCAGGCGAAGAUCUGAGCUCAAAUAUCAAUGAAAGUGACCUACGCACGGUGAAAGUCGACGGCGGCAAAAAAUGCAGCUUGCGCGCGGACAGUUCCUUCCUCCGCGAAGUCAAGGAAAAUGGAUGGGACAACAUGGAACUGGGCAGUCCGGUGCGGGUGCGCUACGUCUAUGGGCCACCGCUCAAACCACGGGCUUCUACAAGUAUCAAAAAGGAAAGCAAAUCAGAAGAAAAGUUUGUCUCAAAGGGGCGAAAGAGUGCUCCUGCUCGAACUACAGCGCCAUCAAGGACUGAAGACGAGGUCGAUCAAUCGCUCAGUAUUGCCUCGUCUCAAGUGUUUAAUCAGAGUGUGCGAUACUCUCGCAAGGAGCGCUCCUCCACACUUCCGCCUCCGGGAAAGACGGAACAGAUGCUAUCGGAAGCGAAGCAGCCAGACAGCCCUGGUGAUGAUCCGCUCCUGCUGAAAGGAGCACAACUAGAGAAGUUUGCAGCUUUGCAUACGGCUAAUGGGCUAUCAGUAGGAGAGGAGCAGGAGGAGGAAGGAGAGUUGGGCGAAUCAAGUUUCACCCAAGAGACUAUUGAAAGGCAACGUGCAAGAAGUCAAUCAGUCCAUCUCUCCGUGACCAGCGCUCCUUUCAGCACUGCGGUGGACAGCACUGCAGCGAAGACCUACAAUUGGAGAGCGGAUAUGGAAGAUGGUUCAGAUUCAGAUGAGAAUGCGCUGGAAGACCAAAAUUACAAUGUGCUCCCUCCUCUGAUAAAUGAUGAGCUCCAGGCUUGGGCACAGGCAGCCGACGCGAGCGCGAUCGUGGAGGAAGGCCACCAAGAGUCAUCCCAAGAAGUCUCGAACGGGCUGAUCGACCCUACGCCCCUUGCAAGUCAGGAUUCUCAGUUUCGGGAAAGCCAGUCUGCUUCUGUGCUGGGUGAGGAAGACAGCGGAAGUCGAUCCCACAUCCGCACUCAAGAAGCCAUUGGUGCUGAGGACUCGCCACAGUCACAACACAAUUCCGACGCGUUGGACACCUUCAUGGAAGACUCUGAUGCCGAAAGUGAGGACAGCAUCGAAUUGAUCGGCAACAGCGCAAGUAGGUACCGGGCACGCAGCAAAACUCGUCAAGCACCUGAGCACUUGCAGACCGACCCCUCAGAACUCGUGCCGGAGGAAGAAACGCAUUGGCUUGACGACGGGGAGGGUGAAGGCAUCAUCUAUCAUGACGACGAUCAGGCGGUGCAGCAAGGGAGCGAAGGACAAGAACCUCGUGAUGACUCACAGCAACACAGCGAGGACCACGCUCAGUCGGAGGCGAUGUACGAAGAAGUCGACACCAGCAUGGAGUCCGCGAUCGUUGACAAGAGCAUUGCUGCUGUCCCGUCCGUGGUCAACCGCGCUCCCUCUACAGUCGUUAUCGAGGAUGAAGGAGACGAAGACGAAGAAGAGGAUGCAGAGCCGUCCACAGGGUCCCAUGAUGGCUGUGACUCGGAACAUCUAAGAAAGCCAAAUGCUCCCCUUUCUGUCAGCGACAUGUCCGCAUUCAGCACUGUGGGAAGCAACCUGGACAACAUGUCAGCAGAGCGGUCCCAAAUGCUCUCGCGCCUGACACCUACGCCGAUCGUUGAAGUUUCAAGUGUCGAUGCCGACGCUGCUGCGCGAGCUGCCGCCAUAUUGAAACACUAUCAUCGCUACAUCGAAGAGGGCUGCCUGGUGGAAACUGAAGUUGCGUCAGCAAGCGAAAAUCAAUCGCUGCCACACAUGCUUCGCAGGGAAGAGCAGCGACUCCUGGCGGGCGCGCAACAUGGCACACCGCAUGCUCCCUCUGCGACGCCGGCCUGCGGAGCGUUGGCAUCCAUCAAUACGCCGAAGCCCCCCGGCGCGUUCCCAGUGUCGCCGCUCGUGGUAGCCUCAGCCCAUAAGCAUGCGAGCGUCGCCAUCGCGCCUGUGUCCUCGCUGUCUUGGCGAAAGAGCGACUGGUCUGUGCUCGAGAAGAUGCUCGUGAAACACAUCGAAAGCAAUGAAGCCUGGGUCGCGAGUCGCGACAAUCCGUCCAAAGCUGCGGCAAUCAGAGCAAUCGACUCGGAUGAGGUUGUCACAGCGUUCCUCCUAAGCCUAGGAAUUCAGCGUUCGCGGCUGUCUAUUGCUGGUGACUGGUCCGAAAAGGCAAUUAGGAAUAAAGUCGACUCGCUGCAGAGGAUGCUUUGUCGAUAUGCGGAGGACAUCUCUCCAGGGACGCUGCAGGAGGAUCUGCGGCGCUCAAGACGGGCAGGGCCUCCAUCCGAGGUUGGCUCUGAUCGCUCACGCAUGAGCAGCGCGGUACCUGACGAUUCAGGCCUGUCAAUGCGCCCUGAUAAUAUGGCGGCGCUAUCAUCCGUCUCCACAGUCGCAAAAGCCGCAGCUCGUAUUUCCCUGGGGGCUGCCUUCGCAAGGGGGUCUCAUAGCACGCCGAUCGCAGCAAAGGCGACCCGCUUGCCCGGGCUGCAGGAGAGUUGUGAAGGCGCUGCGGUACCCCGGAAGGACCUUACAAAGCCCAAAGCGGGAGGAAUCAGCUCGUCAAAGCCACCCUGCUCUGCCCUCGAUCUAGCACAAGUCAAAGCCGGUCUCAUGAAGACCAACGAUGCCAUUGGGGGCAAGGAACGUGCAGACGAACUGGCUGAAGCUUCGACAUGGUGUGUCGUCAACGAACUCAAGACUGCAAUGAAUGGAGUUGAGCGUCCGCGCAGCUUGCAGCCAGGCGACCCAGUGUCGGCUGGCAUCCUGGGCUUCCUGAGGCGGAAUCGGGCUAGCAUCAGCGGCAGAGUCGGCGACGUCGCCACAACCAGCCAAGCAAAUGCGAGCAUGGCCAACUCUUCCAUCUCGUCCAUCUAUCCGACGCUCCCUGGCGCAAUCCAGGUGCGCACCUCGCAGGGAGGCCAGUCCAAAGUUCAAGCGACGGUACUUUGCACGAUGGGCCUCAACGCGUUGAAGGAGGCGCAAACGCGUUCGCAGGAUCUCGCGCAGAGCCGCGUCAACGGUACGUGGCAGAGUCCUUUGACGCUUCGCAAGCAGCAGCAGCAGCAAAUGACUCGUCAGCAAGGGCACACGACGUCGGAGCUCGCAAAUGGUGACGUGACAUUCGACAACUCGAAGCUCUUCUGGCAGGUGAAAGAGAAGCAGUAGUCCUCCUCCUACACCCAAUUCUAUUUUUCAAACUACCUGUCCGUCUCCUCAAAUGUUGUGACAAAUCCCGUACGAUACGAAUGAAAUACAAAUAUGCCCA